GUAAAAUACAUAGCUGAGUUGAGUAUGAAUGUGUGAGUGAUAAAACAAAACCUAACCAAGAAACAAGGUCGAAUUUGUGAGGGUGUUCCGUCGAAGUUUCUGAGAUCGGUAGGAACAUGGACAACCUUAGCGGUUCUACUAGUCGUAAGAAAGCAAUCGAGGAGCUUCUCAGAGGUCGUGAUUCUGCUACACAGCUCAGGAGUGUCAUCAAUGGGAAUGGUGAAGAUCUUUCUUCAGCAAAGAAACUCGUGAAGGAGGUGCUCAUGUCCUUCACCAACUCCCUCUUGCUCUUGAACACCAGCAACACCACUUCUGAAUUUCACGACGAUGUCUCCAAUGUUCAGCUUUGGGACUCUCCCAAACUCGAGGACUCUCAAGAGAGCAAUUGCAAGAACUCCACAGUUAAAGCUCGAAGGGGGUGCUACAAGAGAAGAAGAACUGAACAAACAAGAGAGAAGGAGUCUAAAGCUCCAAUCGAUGAUGGCCACCAAUGGAGGAAGUAUGGUCAAAAAGAGAUCCUCAAUGCCAAAUUCCCAAGGAACUACUAUAGGUGCACUCACAGAGACCAGGGUUGCCAAGCAACAAAGCAGGUGCAAAGAGUUCAAGAGGAUCCAAUCUUGUACAAGACAAUUUACUAUGGUGAGCACAGUUGCAAGAGUUUGACAAACCCUGAGAUCAUACUUGAUCCUAUGUCUCCCUCAUCUUCUUCCAAGUUUCUUAGCUUCAACAACUCCUUCCCUACCCCAUCAAAACAAGAUUGUCCCUUUCUCUCAUCUUCCUUCCCUUCUUCAUCUGUGAAAAGGGAAUGCAAGGAAGAGAUUCCUCCCUCAACUUCCUCCAAUGAUUACCUCAUCUCUUCUGACCUCACCUUUGAUGGUUCACCAAAGCAUGUCACUCUAUCAUCUUCAACACUUGACUCAGAGUACAAGGCUGUCGACAUUCCUGAUGUCUUUGAUGAUGUCUUUGAACACUUCUUUGAAUUUAGAUAGUUUCCCACUUUUUUUCCUAUUUCAAGCUUUAUUUCAGUGAAGCUAUGCAAAAACAAACUGUGUAAUAUAUAUAGUACUUUUCUUAGAAAUUGGUAGUAUAGUAGCAGUAGUGGAACCCAUCUUUUUAUUCUCAAUAUUGGCAUUUCGUAUGAAUGAGAAAAGAACAAUGUUUUGACUCGUUUCAUCAGCGAACAUAAGUUAAUUUAUUUAAUCAGUGGGAAUGAACUGAUUAAUUAAUUUUUCAUGUAAGAAAAAAUGAGUAUUUUGAACUUUCAUUUAUUUCAUUUUUGUGUAAGAAGAUAAUGGUUUUCUUGUUGUUUAUAUGUGGUUAAAUGAAAAGUGAGGUGAAAGCAACAUGCACAAUGAAUAGAUGGUUGGGGUCACUUGGAAAAAGGUUAAGGGUAGGUUCAAUGCAUAUGUUUUUGGAAUAGGGGAUAUAUAAAGCCAGCAAUAAAAAGGUGA